AUGGUGCGUACUGCUGGCCUCACGCUCUUGGCGAUUCUUCUGCUGUGGCUGCCCAAAGAGGCGAGCUUUUGGGCCAUGACAGCUCCCACGUAUCUGGUCACUGGUGCCACUGACGGCAUCGGCCGGUACACGGCGGAGCUCCUGGCGAAGCGGGGCAGCGGUGUUUUGGUGCACGGCCGCAGCGAGCGCCGCGUUGCGGACACGGUGCGACGGCUGAAGUCGCUGAGCGCUGAGGCGGACGUCCAAGGCUUCGUGGCGGACCUGAGCUUGAUGUCGGACGUGCGGAAGUUGGCCGAAGAGGUGAAGCUCAAGUUCCCAGUCUUGCAGGGACUUCUGAACAAUGCCGGAACCUUCGACGGCGACUACACGGGCAACCGUGUGGUCACCAAGGAGGGCAACGAGUAUAGCCUCGCAGUGAACGUCCUGGCGCCCUUCCUCCUGAGCUCGCUGCUGCUGGAAAACGUGAAAGCUUCUGGUUCUGGGCGCUUGAUUAUUACGUCCUCCAUGUCGGCUGGCUACCAGAAGGGCCUAAAGGAUUUGCAGCUGGAGCACAGCUAUUCCGCUCACAAUGCAUAUAGCCUGAGCAAACUCUGUGACCUCAUGAUUGCAAAGGAGAUGUCUCGGCGCUACGGAUCUCCGCCGGAGCUGUGCAUCCAUACCUUGGACCCGGACCCCACCUCAUCCUGGAUUGACACCAAGAUGCUGAGGGCUGGCUGGUCCAGUGGUGGGCAUCCGGUCACUCGUGCAACCGCUUCAUUCACGAUGCUGACAGCGGAGAAGUAUGGCCAGAGUACUGGGAUCAGCUGGGGCUGUGGAGGAGGCGGCAGCCAGUCGGAGUGUGAGAAGCUGUGGGAGGAUUUGGUCGCCUUGACGGGUGCUGCUUGGCCAUGA